AUGUCUAGUCGCCCGAAAAAAAUUUUGGAAUUGGCCAAACUAGCACAUUCUAGCAAAAAUAAUACGGAAGAAAAUGAUUAUUCUCUUCAAGAAAUCAGUGAAAUUGAACUAUCAGGAAAUAUUUUUUUAAAUGAAGCCUUAUCUCCAGAAGAUAUUUCUAAUAUCAUCAGAGAAGUCGAGAAUGUCUUUGAUAACGAUAAUGCCAGCGAUAAUCCUGAUAAUAGUAUUAAUAGUGCUGAAAAUCUCAAUCACAAUGAACCAUACCAUCCCGGAAUCGGAAAUAAUGAAACCAUACACGAGGUUAACGAAAUUGGAACACGACAACUAGAUGAAGCCUUAAGUUCAGAAGAUAUAAUUACUAUUAUCAAUGAAGCCGAGAUUGUCUUUGAUAUUAACGAAAAUCCAAGCGAUUGUUAUAAUAACAGUGCUGUUUUGUCAGACAUAACAAACGUGGUUAGUUGGCAAAAAGAAAAUCAAACUCACGAUAAACAAUCUCAUCUCACUUUCCUCGACACGUCUCUUCACCAUCAAGAUUGGAAUCACCAACCUUGCUACAGACAGACUUCAUCAAAACAAUCGUUGAGUCUUAACGAACCAACUACAGAUAUUUCCGAGGAUAUUUCAAUCGACAACCCUUCACCAGACCUGUGGUUUCUUCAAGUAAAACCAACUAAAAAAUCUGAUACUAGCAGAAAAAUGAACAUCAUAAGAGAUAUUGCCAUACCACGAACAUCAGGACUAAACUCUUUAUCCUCGAUAAACGAACGAGCUACAGAUGUUGAAUCAAUUUUUGAACCAUCCGAGGAAUCAUCUCGACAAGAUCAUACUGGGAGUCAAAAAUGGAAAACUUUAAGAGACGAAGCCAAAGCAAUCAAAGACGCAAUGAAAGAUAAAAGAAACAAAACUGAAGAAAAAGACGAAACCAAGGAAAAUAGAAACGGAGCCAAUAAAAUCAAAGAUGCAAUAAAAGAUAAUAAAAACGUGCCCGGAGGAGAGAACAAAGAAAGAAAAAUAAAGGCGAAGCCAAAGUUUCCUUUGGCUUCGACGCAACGAAAGAUAAUGGAAACGAAACCGAAAAAAAAGACGAAAUCAAGAAAAAUAGAAACAAAGUAA